AGUCGCGAUAUAUUAUCCGCUAUGUUGCUCGGACAGACCCACGUGGCUUCAUUUGUCGGAUGAAGCCUCUGUUCUUCUCUUCCUUCUCGUUCCUCUACCACCUCUGCGAUGGCCUCGGCAGACGAUGAGAAGGUCGUCGUCGAGACUCUGACGGCAUACCUGAAUGGAUUGGCUCUCGAGGCUUUGGUACAUGGAAUGUACACAGCUCUUUUCGGAGUGACACUCUGGUACAUCUUCGUCAACCCUACCAUCCGCGUACCGAAGAGCCACACAAGCAUGAUGUUGAUCCCAGUUGUGCUCAUGUACCUCUUCACUACACUCAACCUCGGAAUACGAUGGUCCUGGAUGCGACCUCCACUUGUCUUCUCGCAGAGAGACAUGCAGACCGGCACCUUAUUCUACACGUUUGGCAAUGCGGAUGACACGACCCUGUGGGCAAUCUCGGGGGCCGCAACAGGAGCGAACAUCCUCGUCGCAGACUCUAUCUUGACCUGGCGCUGCUGGGUCGUCUGGGGUCGUCGGUGGCCUAUGGUCGUCCUGCCGAUACUCCUAACCGUCAGCGGGACGGCCUUUGACGGCCUUUUCAUAUAUCACAACGCUACGGAUAAAUACUCCUCCGAUGGCGCUAUCUGGGGCCCCGCCGUCAAGUGGGGAGUCAUCUUUUAUUCCAUGUCGCUUGCUACGAUGGUGUACUGUACCGCGCUCAUCAUCUUCCGGAUACUCGCACACCGGGAGCAGUACUGGAGCGUCAUCGAGGUGGUCGUGGAGAGCGCCGUGAUGUACGCGUUGGCGCUUGUUGUUUUUAUUGGGUUCCUUGCUACGGAUGAUGUUGGUGGGUUUUAUCCCAAGGCGCUGUUGGAUACUGUUGCGGGUAUCGCGCCGACUCUUAUUGUCGUAAGGGUUGCUUUGGGGCAAGCAAGGUCGGACGAAUCGUGGCAGACGAAGGAGACGUCGUCUUCGCUGCAUUUUGAGUCCAGUGUGUGUACUGUGACCGCUAUGGAGGAGGCAGUUUGUGAAUCCUGCUCGUCCUGUGGGCAGAAACUUGUUCGGCGGCGUUCGGCGGGCUAGAGAAAAUCUGGAGGUUUAUCUCUGAUCUGAUGCUAUAUUGCCGCCUCCGUCCCGUCCCGUAUGGACGGAAUGGAGAGACAGAGGACUUCCGAAGGCGGCAUACUUUCUCUCGCAGCUUAAUCUCAAGCCUGUGCAAGUCGGGAUUUCACUUUGUAUAAAAGUGAAUGCUAGCGUCUCGCUGCAGGACGUUAGCCGACUAUUACGGAUAGUCU